GUCAGCUGGAGGCAGUCUGGAGCCCAGGCCUUCCUUGCAAGUUUAGCCAUGGCCCUCAGCCUCCUCUCCCCGAGCCUGUCCCGCUUGGGUGUGUGGGCUUCCAUACUCGUCCUGAUCAUAGGCGUCCUCAAGCUCCUCAAGCUGCUGUUUCGGAGGCAGAAGCUGGCCAAAGCUUUGGACAACUUUCCAGGGCCUCCCACCCACUGGCUCUUUGGUCAUGCCCUUGAGAUCCAGAAGUUAGGAAGCCUGGACAAGGUGGUAUCCUGGUCCCAACAGUUCCCUUAUGCCCACCCACUCUGGCUUGGACAAUUCAUUGGUUUCCUGAACAUCUAUGAGCCUGACUAUGCCAAAGCUGUAUACAGCCGUGGGGACCCAAAGGCCCCAGAUGUGUAUGACUUCUUCCUCCAGUGGAUCGGGAAAGGAUUGCUGGUUCUGGAUGGGCCCAAAUGGUUCCAGCACCGCAAGCUGCUCACACCUGGCUUCCAUUAUGAUGUGCUGAAGCCUUAUGUGGCCAUAUUUGCCGAGUCCACAAAUGUCAUGCUGGACAAGUGGGAGAAAAAAGCUAGGGAAAACAAGAGCUUUGACAUCUUCUGUGAUGUGGGCCACAUGGCGUUGGACACCCUCAUGAAGUGCACCUUCGGCAAAGGAGACAGUGGCCUGGGGCAAAGCGACAACAGCUACUACCUGGCAGUCAGUGACCUCACACUGCUGAUGCAGCAGCGCGUUGAAUCCUUCCAGUACCAUAAUGACUUCAUUUACUGGUGCACUCCACAUGGCCGCCGCUUCCUGCGGGCCUGCCAGAUAGCCCAUGACCAUACAGAUCAGGUCAUCAGGCAGCGCAAGGCAGCCCUACAGGACGAGAAGGAGCAGAAAAAGAUCCACCAGCGGAAGCAUCUGGACUUUCUGGACAUUCUCCUGGGUGCUCGGGAUGAAAGUGGGAUCAAGCUGUCAGAUGCAGACCUCCGGGCUGAAGUGGACACGUUCAUGUUUGAAGGUCACGACACCACCACUAGUGGUAUCUCGUGGUUUCUCUACUGCAUGGCCCUCUACCCUGAACACCAGCAGCGAUGCAGGGAGGAGGUUCGAGAGAUCCUAGGAGACCAGGACUCCUUCCAGUGGGAUGAUCUGGCCAAGAUGACCUACCUGACCAUGUGUAUCAAGGAGUGCUUCCGCCUCUACCCUCCUGUGCCCCAAGUGUACCGCCAGCUCAACAAGCCGGUCACCUUUGUGGAUGGCCGCUCUCUACCUGCAGGAAGCCUGAUCUCUCUGCACAUCUAUGCCCUCCAUAGGAACAGUGCUGUGUGGCCUGAACCAGAGGUCUUUGAUCCACUGCGCUUUUCUCCUGAGAACAUGACAGGACGUCACCCCUUUGCCUUCAUGCCCUUUUCUGCAGGGCCCAGGAAUUGUAUUGGACAGCAAUUUGCCAUGAAUGAGAUGAAGGUGGUCACAGCCCUUUGUUUGCUGCGCUUUGAAUUCUCUCUGGAUCCCUCAAAGUUGCCCAUCAAGCUCCCCCAGCUAAUCCUGCGCUCCCAAAAUGGCAUCCACCUCCACCUGAAGCCACUGGGAUCUGGGUCCAGAAAGUAGGUCUUCAGAGAACAAGGCCUGGACAGCACAGCCUGUGGCUUUUCCUAGGACAUUGCCCUCCUACGCUGAAUGUGAGUCUUCAUGGAUACCUGCCUUUUGGAGGCUGAUGGAUGUGAGAGCAUUGGCACCAACAGUCUCCUGGAAGACAUUCCCUUGUAAACAUGUGUGUCUAAUGAUUCAGUGCCUGGACUGUAGAACUCAUUCCUUUAAUCCACAAACAUUUGCUGACAUCUGGAUGUCUUGAGAAAUUUCAUUUAUUUCUCAUAAUCGUAUGUCUUUCUAAAACAAACAACAAACAAAACCCAGCACUUGGGAGGGAGAAGUAGGCAGAGUUCUGUGAGUUUGAGGCCAGCAUGGUCACUCUUGAGGGAAAAAUGAGUUCCAGGACACAGUGAAACCUGUUCCAAAAAAUCAAAACCAAAUCAAACCAAACCAACCAACCAAAUAAAGAACCCAAACCAAAUAAAAAAUCAGAAACAUACAUUUCAGCCCUUAGUGAAGACAAUGGAAAUGUUGCCUUGAGAUUUGUCAAGGAGGGAUGGCUUGGAUAGGUGGCCCUUCAGUGACAUGUUUUUUGUUUGUUUGUUUUUAACCAUCUCUGUGUGUAUUUAGAAUCUAAUGGACAUAAAGAAAAAUUGCUUAAACUAAAUUUGUACAAAAUAAACGUUAAUUUUUAAAGCAAA